AUGACGCUCACGGCACUAUCCAAUGGGUCGGAAGCCGACUAUGGUCCAGGUACUUUCGUCGACACAAGCUUCACUCCAGUCCCUGAGGAAUGCAGCCGUAUUUUGCGAGUCCUUGCAAAAAAGGCACCUGGAUUCACCAAAAAUGAAGCUCUGAUCACCGGCGUCCACUUCGAAGGCGCUGAUUUACCAAUCAUUCCGGGACCCAUCAAGUCACAAGCCGUUACGGCUGUUCUUCAUGCUAUGAUUGGUAUUGUCGGUAUUGAGAUCCUGCAGCUUCGUGGUAUUAAGACAAGCACGACGACCUAUAUUAAUACAGACCAUGCAGGCCUGUAUCCUGCGACACCAGGACUCGUGACCGUCGAUGGUAUUACGGGUCCCGGUAUCUUGAAUCUACCUACGGUACCUCAGUGGGACAAAGACCGGCAAUCAAACUCACCUCUUGUCUAUCGCGCCACGGCCAUCUAUGAAACGGCAGAUAGAGGAACUUGGUUCCAGCUACACGGUUCCCUUGAUCCUUGGAAGCUUUUGAAAGUUAUUGGCAUCAACAAGGACAAGGACGUCGAGGUGCGGACAAACGAUGCAGCAUAUGCUCUCAUCGGGGAACGCGUACGUACAUAUCGUGCACGUGAGAUCGAACAGCUUAUGGUCGAGGGGGGGUUCUCAGGCUCAAUUGUUUAUUCCCCAAAGGGCUGGCGCGACACGGAGAUGGGCCAACGCCUCGCUCGGCAUCCACUUGUCAACUACGCCCAACAGAAAUACUGUCCUGUUCUUCCACCUGCCCCACUACCCAGGUUGGAAGAUAAGAGACCGCUUGCGGGAAUCAAAGUGGUCGAGCUUGCCCGUAUCAUAGCUGGUACUGCGGCUGGCGCUCUUCUUGCGUCCAUGGGUGCCGAGGUCAUUCGAGUCAACUCAUCCAAGCUCAAAGACUAUACUCCAGCUCAGCCUUCGUCUUUAAUGGCCGGAAAGACGACCAUAGAUCUAGAUCUGAACGACCCCACUGAUCACUCCAGACUGAUGCAGCUAUUCGAGGAAGCCGAUGUCAUCUUGCAAGGUUAUCGCCUUCACUCUCUCGAGAGGCGUGGAUUUGGGCUCCACGCGGCUUUGGAACUCGCCAACAAACGCGGGAAGGGCAUCAUCUAUGUCGAUGAGAACUGCUAUGGCCCCGAUGGUUGCUACGCCGAACGCCCAGGCUGGCAACAAGUUGCCGACGCCGCUGCAGGCUCCUCAUACGUCAUGGGGCAGUACUUUAGGCUCCCACCCGGCCAGGGCGUGCUUCCAAGUCUCCCCAUUUCCGACAUGUCCACUGGUGCAUUGACGGCUCUUACCAUCAUGUGUGCAGUUCGUGAUCGCUAUGUCAAAGGGGGAUCGUAUCACGGCCACUGUGCACUUACUGCAUAUGACAUGGCGACCCUGGAUCCGGAUGUUGGGCUAUACUCUCGCGAUGUUGUCCAGAGUAUUCAAGACAAAUACCAAUUUACUCCAUGGUCGAGUGAUGAACAUGUCGCUCCUCUUUACUACUCGAUCUUGAAGGCUUGGGAACGCGCUGAAAGCGUGAUGAAGAAUGAAGACUUCUUCGUCACUUUCUCUGAUUCGGUCUUUGGUUCCCAACUCCGAGUUCUGGCACCCAUAGUUCGCUAUACAGAUGAAGAAUGCAGUCCAAGAUGGACCAGUCCCCCAGUUCCCUUCUGCCACCACAAAUUUAGAUCUUUUCUAUCUACAUCUACAUAG